AUGUGUUUCGGACAGCGUGACUCGGAUGGAGAGGGAGCGCCGCCCGGCACUCGCAGCAAAAUGUACAACCCGAAGCUCAAGAGGAGAAGAAGCCACGCCGAAGCAGACCGUGCAGAGUUGCAGGAUCGUCGAAAGCUCUUCAAAUUCGACUCUACCGUCUCUACCGUCUCGACUCUCGCCAACAACCGGUCCAUGUCCCCUGCGAAACUGCUCGGCCCACACCAACCUCCAAAGUUGCACUCUCCACCUACCACCGGCGGCCACAAGGCCUCCUUGCGCCCUCACGAACUUCAGACUCCUCAAAGCCCUCACAAGCCCGCCUCCUUCUCCUCAGAGCGCACGCUGCCUGUCUUGGGCAUUCGCGACGACACCCCUCUCGAACACCGCACUUUGCUUAUCGAAUGCCUCUAUGCGUCCGAAGACGUCGAUCUUGCUUUUCAUCCCGCCCUCCACUUCCAACUCUUGCGGUCGACGCACAUGAAGAACGAUGAGUUGGCCGUAUGCUUCGACCUCAUCUCGAAGACGUCACAACAGGACUACAAGGCCUCAAGCCGGGGCUGGCAUCCCACCUGCAAAAUGGAGGAAAUGCAGGACAAGGAGAUGAUGUACCUCGUCGUACGACAGACAGAGGGCUACAUGGGCUUCGAAAAGGUCGACGUGCAGAAGUCGGGCGCACAAUACAUAGGCGCUAUCCUCGGCUUCCUGUCCUUCAAGCUCGAGUCCGAGGACGAGGAGCUGCACAAGAUGAGGCCUGUGCUCUACAUCUACGAGGUCCAUCUCGAUGACCGCUUGCGCAGACGAGGUCUUGGAGGACGAAUCAUGAAGUGGGCAGAGGACCAGGCUCGCUUGGCAAAGAUUUCAAAGGCCAUGUUGACCGUUUUCACGGCGAACGAGGGCGCAAGAAGAAUGUAUGAGAGAGAGGGCUAUGGGAAGGACGAGAGUAGUCCAGAGGAUAGGGUGACGAGGAGGAAGGUCAUCAAGGCUGACUACAUCAUCAUGAGUAAGGAGAUUGCCUAG